UCGAAACACAACUUUCUGCUUUCUUGAUAAACAAGUCCUCUUGCUCUUUUUUUCCUCUGUGAAUCCUGCGAUUUGCAUCGGCGACAACACAAUGUCGAGCGAAACCGAGGACGCCGUUCGACGCCGCACGGCGACCACGGAGUACCGCAAGAAGCUACUCCUGCACAAAGAGCUCGAGUCCCGAGUCCGCACAGUGAGGGAGAGUUUGCGGGGUUCGAAGAAGGAAUUCGCUAAAACCGAAGAUGAUUUGAAGUCCCUUCAGAGUGUUGGGCAGAUCAUAGGCGAAGUUCUAAGGCCUCUUGACAACGAACGACUUAUUGUUAAAGCAAGUAGUGGUCCACGGUACGUGGUUGGCUGUCGCAGUAAAGUGGACAAAGAGAAAUUAACUGCUGGUACCAGGGUGGUUCUAGAUAUGACUACCCUCACAAUCAUGCGGGCUCUUCCACGUGAAGUUGAUCCUGUUGUUUAUAACAUGCUUCAUGAGGACCCAGGUAAUAUCAGUUACUCUGCUGUAGGAGGUCUUUCAGAUCAGAUUCGAGAACUCAGAGAAUCUAUCGAAUUACCCCUAAUGAAUCCUGAGCUUUUUCUGCGGGUGGGGAUCAAGCCUCCUAAGGGUGUUCUUCUCUACGGACCUCCUGGAACUGGGAAGACCUUAUUAGCCAGGGCAAUUGCAAGCAACAUUGAUGCCAACUUUUUGAAGGUUGUAUCGAGUGCUAUCAUUGAUAAAUACAUAGGUGAAAGUGCAAGAUUGAUAAGGGAGAUGUUUAAUUAUGCUCGUGAUCAUCAGCCCUGCAUCAUAUUUAUGGAUGAGAUUGAUGCUAUUGGGGGGCGGCGCUUCAGUGAGGGAACUAGUGCUGACCGAGAGAUUCAGAGGACGCUUAUGGAGUUGCUUAACCAGCUGGAUGGCUUUGACCAGCUAGGAAAGGUCAAAAUGAUUAUGGCCACAAACAGACCUGAUGUUCUUGACCCAGCACUUCUUCGUCCAGGUCGUCUAGACCGGAAAAUUGAAAUUCCAUUACCAAAUGAGCAAUCCAGAAUGGAAAUCCUUAAGAUCCAUGCUGCUGGAAUUGCCAAACAUGGUGAAAUUGACUAUGAAGCGGUUGUAAAGCUUGCCGAGGGUUUUAAUGGGGCUGAUCUUCGGAAUGUUUGUACUGAAGCUGGGAUGGCUGCAAUCCGUGCAGAGCGUGAUUACGUCAUCCAUGAAGAUUUCAUGAAGGCUGUCCGCAAACUAAACGAGGCAAAGAAACUUGAAUCAACUGCGCACUACAACACCGAUUUUGGGAAAGAAUAGUACCCAUUAUGUUUCUUGCUUUGCUGGAUUAAUAGGGUUCCAGAAUGCCAAUAGAACAAGUGGUGGAAAUUCCAGUGGCAUUUGCUUGAGCAAUGGCUGAGAGUGUUGGGCAGACGACUGCUGUCUUGUUAUGUUACAUUUUCUUAUGAGCUACUACUUGCAGAUUCAUUUUUACUUGUUUGUACACUGUCUAGAAGAUUGAAAGAUCUUCCAGAUGGAUGUCCUCUCUUCUCGAGCAUAUUGGUUUGAUGAUCAAAACUUUCUUGUUACUGGCUACUGUGAGUUCUUAAUAACAUAAAGAAACUACAUUUCCA